AUGGUGAUCGAUAGCUUGAGGGAGGACAUACCAACCGUCAUUAUUCGUCCUUCUGGGAUAACCACUAGUUAUGUAGAACCUUUUCCAGGAUGGAUACAAGGAUUCAGGGGAUUUGAUCCCCCAAUUGUUUUCUAUGGAAAAGGGGAAUAUCCAUGCGCUGUUUGGGAUCCAAAUUGUCUUAUUGAUGUGGUUCCUGUUGAUGUGGUUGUAAAUGCUACAAUGGCCGCUAUUGCCAAGCAUGGAUACGUACAACAUCCAGAGAUAAACGUUUAUCAUAUAGCAUCAUCAUAUGUGAAUCCUUUAUUAGUGUCACAACUUUUUGACUAUUGCUAUGAAUUUUUCAAUUCUUCUCCUUUUGUUAACUCAAAAGGAGAUGAGGUGAAGGUUGAGAAGAUGAAAUAUUUUGACAAUAUGUCAGACUUUUCAAAUUAUAUUUCGAAGAAAUUGCUCAAACAAGAUGAUGAAGUACAAGAUUUGAUUGAAGUUGAGCAUUCAAAGUGUAAACAAAAGCAAGAUAAUGAAACAGACAGUAAACAAAAAACAGAGAAAAUGAGUUGA